ACAACCCUCGACAUGAAGAGGGACUUCGGGUUGUUCCAUGACCAACAUCGCCUCUUCGGGGGCGAUGGAAUGGUCAUUGCGUUGUGGGGGUGCAUCAGGGUGCCGGUGGUGGUGCCGUUGCUCCGGGCUUCCGUCUAUGUCUGCACUGCCAUGUCGGUGAUGUUGUUCGCGGAGAGGGUGUACAUGGCCAUGGUGAUCCUAGUGGUGAAGGUGUUGAGGUUGAAGAGGUACACUAAGUAUAGAGUUGAGAACGCGAGGAAGAAGAUUGAGGCCAACAAGUCACACCCAAUGGUACUAGUACAAAUCCCCAUGUUCAAUGAGAAAGAGGUUUAUCGUCUCUCGAUCGGCGCCGCCUGCUCGAUGUCAUGGCCCAAUAAUAAGAUCAUCGUCCAAGUCCUCGACGACUCAACCGAUCUCUCCGUCAGGGAAAUGGUGGAGCAAGAGUGCAAGUCGUGGGAAUCCAAGGGCGUCCACAUCAAGUACGAGUUCCGCACCAGCCGGAGCGGAUACAAGGCCGGCGCCCUCCGCGAAGGCCUGGAGAAGCCCUACGUCGGCGACUGCGAGUUCGUCGCCAUCUUCGACGCCGACUUCCAACCUGACCCCGACUACUUGUGGCUGACCAUCCCCUUUCUGCUCUCUAAUCCCGACCUCGCCCUGGUUCAGGCAAGGUGGAAGUUUGUGAAUGCUGAUGAAUGCAUGCUGACACGCCUCCAAGAGAUGUCCCUGGAUUACCAUUUUAGUGUGGAGCAAGAAGUGGGAUCGUCGACUUACUCAUUCUUCGGAUUCAAUGGGACUGCUGGAGUGUGGAGGAUGCAAGCCCUGGCUAAUGCCGGUGGAUGGAAAGAUCGAACCACUGUGGAAGACAUGGAUUUGGCUGUUAGGGCCUCCUUGAAAGGCUGGAAGUUUGUGUUCAUUGGAGACCUAUCAGUGAAAAAUGAGCUACCGAGCACGUUCAAGGCGUAUAGAUUUCAGCAGCACAGGUGGUCAUGUGGCCCUGCAAAUUUGUUCAGGAAGAUGUUCAAAGAGAUAAUAUACUGCAAGAGGGUUUCAGCAUGGAAGAAAUUUCAUCUGAUCUAUGCAUUCUUCUUUGUGAGGAAGAUAGUUGCACACUUUGUGACCUUCUUCUUCUAUUGUGUGAUCAUUCCAGCCUGCGUUCUGCUCCCAGAUGUUCGUCUUCCAAAGUUUGUCGCUGUUUAUAUUCCAUCUGCAACCACUCUACUCAAUGCCAUCUGCACUCCAAGGUCCUUUCAUCUCAUCAUCUUCUGGAUCUUGUUCGAGAAUGUCAUGGCGAUGCACAGAGCAAAGGCAACCAUAAUAGGGCUUUUCGAAACCAAUCGUGUCUACGAGUGGAUUGUCACCGCAAAGCUAGGGAACGCUUCGAGAAACAAGAGCAGUUCCAGGUCACAGAAAAGAUAUCAAUGCCACAUAGUAGAAAGGAUUCAUAUGAUGGAGAUCUUAAUGGGCAUAUUUCUCUUAUACUGCUCAAUCUACGACAUUAUGUUUGGUCAUGAUCUCUUCUAUGUCUAUUUGUUCAUCCAAUCUAUGGCAUUCUUCAUCGUCGGAUUUGGCUACGUUGGUGUAUAUGUUCCCAACUGAUGAAGAUAAAGAUGAUACUCUUUCACUCAGCCAACACCAAAUUGCACAGAAGUAACCAAGUAUGUUCUGCAUAAUAUAUUUUUCAAUAUAUUUCGAUACUCAAAUGUAACUGUAGAUGUUGUGGCUUUCCUGAUCUGAUCACAAGCAUGAUGCUACUGAAGUAAGUAUGAAGCUACGAGUAUAAGAAAAAUGAGAUGGUAAUCUAGUUUGUAAGAUCUUGUAUAAUUGUUCCUCCUAUCAUCCUAAAUGUAUAAUUGUUACUAUUUCUCAAGUUUUAAGGCGAAUCCACUCUUGGAUAUCAGUAAUGGUGAAAUUGUA